GAGAGAGAGAGAGCAGAGUAGGCCAGCUCUCAUGGAAAGCUUUUUAAUCAACCAAUCUCAUUCCAAUUCAGUUUUAAAAAAAGGAAAAAAAUUCUCCCGAGAAAGGCAGGGAGACGAAGCUUCUCUGGUUUCCGAUCUCUGUAGAGAUCCCCGGCGGGUAUGGCGAUUCUGUACGCGCUCGUGGCGAGGGGAUCGGUGGUCCUGGCGGAGUUCAGCGCGACGGCGACCAACGCCAGCGCCAUAGCCAAACAGAUUCUCGGCAAGAUUCCUGGAACUGACGAUAGCCACGUCUCGUAUUCUCAAGAUCGCUAUAUCUUCCACGUCAAGCGCACCGAUGGCCUCACCGUUCUCUGUAUGGCCGACGAGGCCGCGGGGAGGAAGAAUUCCGUUCGCGUUUCUGGAUGACAUUCAUCUGAGAUUUGUGAGAACUUACGGCCGCGGUGUUCACUCAGCUCAAGCUUACGGUAUGAAUGACGAAUUCUCCAGGGUUCUGAGCCAGCAAAUGGAGUACUACUCCAACGAUCCCAAUGCAGAUAGGAUGAACAGACUGAAAGGUGAAAUGAAUCAGGUAGUGCGAAAUGUGAUGAUCGAGAACAUCGAUAAGGUGCUAGAGAGAGGCGAUCGCUUGGAGUUGCUGGUAGAUAAAACAGCCAAUAUGCAGGGGAAUACCUUCCGCUUCAGAAAGCAAGCUCGCCGAUUCAGAAACACGACAUGGUGGAGAAAUGUGAAGCUCAUGAUUGCUCUAAUAAUCCUUCUCCUAGUGGUUGUAUAUGUCGUACUGGCUUUCGUCUGCCAUGGACUUACAUUACCAACUUGCUUGUAGAGAGGGCAAGUGUUGAUUGCGACAUUUUGAUUGGUUCAUCGUUUUUCUUAGUGUCAGUUGCUUGCUGCAAGUUAUAUUCAUAACUCCUUUGGCUUUUAAGUUUGCGGUUAGAUCUCGGGUUGCAGCAAUGCGAAGCACUUGAUCGGUAGCUCGCUCGGUCUCUUUUGCUUACACUGGCUCUGGUUCUGGUUUUGUAUGAGAAACGUUGCUUGUUCAACCUUGUAAUCAUCAUCAAGGAGUGAACUUAAAUGGGUGAUGUAAAAAUCUGUCCUGUAUUUGGUUUAGUGGUACUUUCUUUCCAAUCAAUGGGUGAGAACUUAAGUGGUUUUGGUUUGUAGGUUCAGUCAGUAUAACCUGGGGAGAUCCAGGACAUCCCCCUUGUGUGCAUUUUGUCUAUGCCCGGAACGUCCAGAGGUAAAUUUCAACAGAUUCGCUUCCUAAACCCACAACUGAGUAGCCCAGGCUGUCCAUGGUGAUUCAAGCCAAUGAGAGAAGUUUGGAUUCGUCAAACUUCAUUCGACAGAAGUAGUUGUACACAGCCUGAGCAUCGUGCCUUCUUCAAACCCAAAGUGUUUUGAACUAGUGGUGAUCAAUGUGGUCAUCGACAAUAGAACGAUGAUGAUCCCUUCACCCACCUUCCACCGCUCGAUACACCUUGACAGUGUGCACCUCCGUCACGGGGAUCUGGUAAUGGUUGUGCCUUCUUGUAUGCAAAGAAUCAUACUUCGUGUGCGAUUUGUGGAACCGGUUGUUCUCAGAGUCAAUGGAUGGUUGUGUUGCAGCUCAAUUUCAAAUACCC